UGAGCCAAUUACGUUUUAGCUCUAUAUAAGUCUUCAUGAGAGGAGCACCAUAGAAGCACAACUCCAGGCUCCAGCUGCUAUGUAUACCCUUAUUGUUUUGUUAUCAACAUUAAUUAGCUCCAACUUCUUGCUACUAAAUAAAACAUUCGAGCUGAUGAAGGUUGAGGUUGAAGUGAUCUCCAAUGAGAAUAUCAAACCAUCUUCUCCAACUCCUGGCCACCUUCGCCAUUACCAAUUUUCCUUUCUUGAUCAAAUGGCUCCCCAAGUCUACAACCCGCUGCUCCUCUUCUAUGAAUACAAUGCCAAUAUACAUCCCAACAUCACUGAAAUAUCCAACCACCUUAAGAACUCCUUAUCCGAGGCCCUAUCGCUAUUCUACCCGCUAGCCGGUCGAAUCAAAGACAACCGCUUCAUACAUUGCAAUGACGAGGGCAUCCCCUACGUCGAAGCUCGAGUGCUGAAUUGCACUCUCUCUGAUGUUCUCAGCAACCCCAACCCUGGUGAACUUAACAAGUUCAUGCCAUUUGAACUUGAUGAUAUUACCAAUCCAUUACCCUUUGGGGUCCAGCUCAACAUAUUUCGGUGUGGAGGGUUUGCUAUUGGCCAAUGCAUUUCUCACAAGAUUGCUGAUGGGUUGUCCUAUUUCACGUUCAGCAAAAUUUGGGCAGCCAUCGCCCGUGGGGAACAAGCCAACAUAGACCCUCCACAAUUUGUGUCAGCCACACUCUUCCCACCAAAGGAGUUAAAUACUGGAUUCGAUGGAGGCGUUGGAAUCACAAAAGAUAGAGUGACAAAGAGGUUCGUGUUCAAUGCCUCUAAAAUAGAGACCCUCCAAGCAAAAUAUGAAAAAGAUAUGAAAAGCCUCCAACUAAAACACCCCACGCGUGUUGAGACCUUAUCCGCUUUCAUAUGGAGUCGAUAUGUGGCGGCCACAAAGGAUUGUACCGUGAAUAAGUUGUACAUGGUGAUCCAUGCAGUGAACCUACGUCCGCGGUUUAGUCCACCAUUGCCUCAACAUUCUUUUGGAAAUCUUUUUCGUUUUUCCAUGACAUCACCAUUGCGAAUCAGUUAUGGCGGGCAGGAAGAAUGUGAUGGGGUGGUGAUUGGGGAGGUGCGAGAAGCGAUAAGCAAGAUUGACAAUGAGUACGUGAAGCAAUUACAAAGGCAGGGUGAGAAGCACUUGGGUUUGAUGAAGAAAGCUGCUGAUAAUUUCAAGAGAGGAGACAUGGUUGCGGUACUUAGCUUCAGUAGCUAUUGUAGGUUUCCUCUCUAUGAAAAUGACUUUGGUUGGGGUAAACCUGCGUGGGUGGGAUCACCGGCACUGACCUACAAGAACCUAGUGCUUUUCAUGGACACCAAGGAGGGUGAUGGAAUAGAGGCAUAUGUUAGCUUGGAGGAGAGAGUCAUGGCCAAAUUUGAAUGUGAUAGCGAGUUGCUCUCUUAUGUUUCUCCAGCCGGUCGGGUCCUGCUGAGCUGUGGAAAUUAAUUUCACUAUGUAUGUGUUAUGUGUCACAAAUAAUGUUACCCUCACACAACUGUUUCCCCUCUAUCCUCCCAUCCUUUGUGUCUCACACAAUUGUUCUCCUCUAUCCUCCACUUCCACCGUUAAUACUCCUGUUAGAUGCUUGCUUUCGAAUGAGAAGCCUUAUUUGACCACUAUGUUUGCUACCCGCCUUGAGAGCGAGUCGUCAUUCAGUUAGAGGAAGGUAUGCAAAAUCACUUUGGUUGUUUGGGUCUAUACCGCUUCUUUCUACGGUUCUGAUGGUGUUUUGUCUACUUGUUUUGUUAGUAUCAAAAUUCUUCGUUUGUUGGUCCUCGGGUGGUUGACAUGGUUGCUGGUGUUGUUUGUUCGUUUUGUUGGCUGAGUGUUUUUGAAGCAAUUUUAUGUAUUGUUUGUGGAUUUUGAUGUUGUGAAGUUAGUGAUUUGGUUUGUUUUUCAUCUGGGGCUACUUUGUAUCUUUGUUUUUGGGGCAUUUGUUUCUUGUUGGCACCGAUGACGAAUCAGCCGGCCUGACCAAUGGAAUGGUGAGGUGUUUGGUAGUUGUGGCAGUGACGACUUCCGCCAACAAAAUGAGUCUAAUUCAGUCAUCAUGUGCUUUGCUUGGGCUUCUAUGUCCUCUUAGCCUGCUUUCAGCUUGUUUUUAUGUUUAUCUCUUGUAUUGUCUUCUUCUGUCAAUAAAGUUUAUGUUCGACAGAAUAAAAAAUUAAUCUCUUCUA